AUGCCCCAGCGUCAUGCCGUGCAGAUGUCCAGCAGCCAUGCCACCUACGGCGUCUGCGUCCUGGGCACCGAGGUCUUCCUCGACAUGCGCCGAUCUACCCCCAAAGGUGCCACGUCAUUUGAUGUCCAUGCCACCUCUGCAGUCACAGUCCACAUCAUCCACAGCCCCAUGACCAAACCCAUGGUUAACUCCAGGUGGCCUCUGGAUCCUGAUAUCGAGGUUCUUGUGACCAUUGAUGUCAUCAGCAGGAGUCUCAACGACAACAAGGUCAAGAUCGCCUACUACGGCCGGGAAGGCAACGAGCUCUCCGUGGCUUGGUUGUACCUCACCUGCGUGGAGGUCUCCCUGGAUGUGGACCUGAACCGCAACGGCAGAGUGAAGAGCAAAGGGAAGGACAAGGACAAGUGGACGUGGGGUCCGGAUGGGCAAGGCGCCGUGCUGCUGGUCAACUGCGACCGCGACAGCCCCGGGGCCGGGGGCACGGACAGCGACCGGGCAGACGUCUGGAGCCCUGCGGACCUCCAGGACAUGUCCCUCAUGGUGCUGCGGACCCAAGGGCCCAGCGCAGUCUUUGCCGAGUACCAGGUGGUGCUGCACGUCCCCGAGGCCGACGCCGACAAAGUGCGAGUGUUCCACGCUCUGCGGGGGGACUCCUACCCCCGCUACCAGGCGGUGCUGGGGCCGGAGCAGCUCUCCUACGUGCUGGAGCGCCCUGGCAGCGGGGAGCACACCUUCUACGUGGAGGGCUUGGCCUUCCCCGACCUGGGCUUCUCAGGCUUGGUUUCCUUCAGUGCCAGCUUGCUGGAGGCCACCCAUCAGCACUCCCCGGGCACCCCCAUCUUCACCGACACGGUGGUGUUCCGUGUGGCACCCUGGAUCAUGACCCCCAACACCCAGCAGCCUCUGGAGGUCUUUGUCUGCAGCAUCCAGUGGGGCUCAGACUCCAACGAGGUCUUCCUGGAAGGGCUCAGGGCCCUGCUGAGGAAAGCCAACUGCAAGCUGACCAUCUGCUCCGAGGUGGAGACGCGCAGCGACCGCUGGAUCCAGGAUGAGCUGGAGUUUGGCUACGUGGAGGCGCCCCACAAGACCUUCCCUGUCGUCUUUGACUCACCCAGGAACAGAGGCUUGAAGGACUUUGCCUUCAAAAAGAUCCUGGGCCCUGAUUUUGGCUAUGUGACUCGGGAGCCCCCCGGGAGGGCCAUCAGCAGCCUGGACUCCUUCGGCAACCUGGACGUCAGCCCCCCGGUGACGGUGCGAGGGAAGGAGUACCCCCUGGGCAGGAUCCUCAUCGGCAGCCCCCUGCCCUGGGCCUCAGGCAGGAGGAUGUCCAAGGCGGUCAGGGACUUCCUCUACGCGCAGAAGGUGCAGGCGCCGCUGGAGGUCUACUCGGAGUGGCUGAGCGUGGGCCACGUGGAUGAAUUCCUCACCUUUGUCCCUGCUUAUGACAGGAAGGGUUUCCGGCUGCUGCUGGCCAGCCCCAACGCCUGCUACAGGCUCUUCCAGGAGCAGCAGAGGCAGGGCCAUGGGGAAGCCACACAGCUGGUUGGGCUGAAGGGCACAGAGAGGAGGAGCAUUGAUGAGCUGCUGGUGGAUGAGUCCCUGAGGAGUGACAACAGGCACGUGCAGCGCUGCAUCGACUGGAACCGCGAGCUGCUGAAGCAGGAGCUGGGCCUGAGCGAGCAGGACAUCAUUGACAUCCCCCAGCUCUUCAUCCUGAGGGGCUCCCGUGCUGAUGCCCUCUUCCCUGACAUGGUGAACAUGCUGGUGCUGGGCAGGCACCUGGGCAUCCCCAAGCCCUUUGGCCCGGAGGUGGGUGGGCAGUGCUGCCUGGAGGAGCGAGUGAGGGCGCUGCUGGAGCCCCUGGGCCUCACCUGCACCUUCAUCGAUGACUUCUUCUCCUACCACGUCCUCUGCGGCGACGUCCACUGCGGCACCAACGUCCGCCGCAAGCCCUUCGCCUUCAAGUGGUGGCACAUGGUGCCCUGAGAGCCCUGGGGCUGGGCUCAG